AUGACGGGAGCUCCUAAUCGAAAAAAAAAAAAAUCACACCACGGAGCGAGGCGAUUGGUUGGAGAAAAUGAUAGGGCCGUUAAAGGCAACCGAAGUAUACUGUCGUUCCCGGUAUCAGACAGCGGUCAAGAACCGUUUUCGGAAUAUAAUUGUAGUGAAGAGGAAGACAAUCCGCCCACUUUACCGACUCUUGGUACGGAAUUGAAUUUGCCCCGGAUGACGUUUCACGCUCGAAGUUAAUCGAUAGAUGCCACGAUUAUCCAUCAGAUCCAUAUUUAUUUAUUGAUACCGUAUCGGCACCUCGAAUAAUCAGAACUCUUGUUGAAAUAGGGCCUUGUCAACCUGGUUUUAAUAAUGAUGAUUAUGUUUUUGCAGAAAAUAUGUCCGGCAAACAAUUUUCUUCCAACUGGUACAACAAAGAUGUUAAAUCAGGAACGAGCUGGAAAGGAAAUUGGUUAGUAUAUUCCCCAAAAGCUAACGAAAUGUUUUGUUUUCCUCGCUUUUUGAUUCGAUCUGUAUCUCGGCAUAGUUAUCAAUGGUCUAAUCCUAAUAAAGGUGUUUCUAAUUUCCGUAAAGGAUAUGAAAAAGUUGUUAAACAUGAAAAAUGCAAGGACCACAGAGAAGUAGAAAAUGAAUAUUUAAUUUUAAAAAGUACAAUUUUAAAAGACAUUACUAUCCAACAAAAUUUAAUUAAAGUUCAAAAGUCUCAAAUAGAAUUUAAUCAAAGUGUGUUAAAACGAUUAAUUGGAUUAUCUUAAUUGCUUUCAACAAAUGGUCUUCCAUUUCGAGGACACAGAGAGGACAUUAACCAGGAUACACAAAAUAAAGGAUUUUUUUUUGAAAUAUUUAAACUUGUGUCAAAAUAUAAUGCUGUUCUAGCUAAACACUUGACCGACCCAAACCGAAAUGAGACAUACUUGAGUCCGAAAAUUCAAACUGAUAUACUUAAAUGUAUGGCAGAUAAAACAUUACAUACAAUAUUAAAUGAAGUAAAACAAGUAAAAUAUUUUACAAUUAUUGUAGAUUCGACCAUAGAUAUUGGAAGAACUGAUCAAUUUUCUUUUAGCUUGAGGUUUGUAGACCAACCAGGAGAUAUCAAAGAACAUUUUCUGUGUUUUGAAGAACUACAUAAUACAACUGCAAAUGAUUAUUUUGACAUUAUAAAAAAGUUAAUGGAAGAAUAUAAAUUGGAUAUUUCUUUAUGCCGCCGUCAAGCCUAUGAUGGUGCCAAUACCACGUCUGGACGGUUUUCUGGCCUACAAUCUAAAAUAAAAAAAUAUAUCACCAUUAGCGCUAUAUAUUCAUUGUUGUGCUCAUUAUUUAAAUUCGGUGCUUAUAGAUUCUAA